UCCUUCACCAUCAGGGAAUGCAAUAUAAACCUUCAGAUAAUGCCAGCUUCCUGCAGCAGUCACAGUCGUCCCCCCAACUCUCUCGGCUGUGAGCUCCUCUCCACCUUCUUCCGCUCAUAGGGUGUAAAAAAACAAAAUCCAGCCAAAAUGUCGGAGAAAAAGAUGUCAUCGAGUCGCAAGCAUAAUCUGAAGAGCUUGAUGCUCUCCAUCGCUAAAGGUUUACUUGAGGUUGAAGCAAAGGAAAGAGAAGAGGAGAGGAAAAGGUACAUGGCAGAGACGUGCCCUUCUUUAUCUCUGCCAAGUGGCAUACAAGCACUACAGGAGCUGUGCAAAGAACUUCACCAUAAGAUUGAUGUGAUUGAUGAGGAGCGAUAUGAUCUGGAGAGCAAAGUUAGCAAAAGUUCUAAGGAGAUUGAGGACAUGAAGAUUAAAGUUCAGGACCUGAAGGGCAAGUUCAAGAAGCCAGCUCUGAGGAAGGUGCGCAUGUCUGCUGAUCAGAUGCUUCAGGCUCUGCUCGGCUCCAAACACAAGGUGUCUCUGGACCUGAGAGCCAACCUUAAACAAGUGAAGAAGGAGGUCAAGGAGGAGGAUAAGGAGCUGCGUGAUGUCGGAGACUGGCGUAAGAACGUUGAAGACAAGGCUGGCAUGGAUGGCAGAAAGAAGAUGUUUGAGUCCGAGUCUUAAAUAAUCACAUGUAGUCUGGUUUUCACUGCUUCUAUGGAUUUACUGUUGUGUGCUGCUGCUAGAGGAAUGGAAAUGUCAGAUUUAGAAUAUGGACAAAAUCAUUGAAAUUGUUGGAAAUGGGAAAGCAAAACAAAUGAAAUGUAGUAAGUGUUAUAUUCUGUUUCAGAAUAUAAGUUUCAGAAUUCAGUAUUUUGUCUAGUUAUAAAGAACUUCAUAUAGAACAUUUGUAUUGGGCAAUUCAAUUUUCCAAUGCAUGAAUAAAAGGUUUAAAGUA